AAUUUUCAGCCACAGACAAUUGCUCCUUGCUGCAAAAACUGAGGCAGUGAGGAAGUGCCCGUCAGUUGUCAAAUAUGGCAGAGGUUGACCAAGAAAACCCUGCUAAAUCAGAUAGCGCUGAUGAAUCUGAGGACGAAAGUGAGGUUUUAGAAGAAAGUCCAUGUGGCCGAUGGCAAAAACGACGGGAGGAGGUUGAGCAGCGUGAUGUCCCUAGCAUCGACAAUGCAUUCCUGGCCAUGGACACAGAGGAAGGGGUGGAGGUGGUGUGGAAUGAAGUACAAUUCUCAGAAAACAGGAAUCUCAAGGCACAAGAGGAGAAGAUUGGACAAGUGUUUGACAAUCUCAUACAACUUGACCAUCCAAAUAUUGUGAAGUUCCACAAGUAUUGGACUGACAAUAAAGACGGGAAGCCUAGGGUGAUAUUUAUAACAGAGUACAUGUCAUCGGGAUCUUUGAAGCAGUUCCUAAAGAAGACAAAGAAGAACAACAAGACAUUCCAGUUAAAAGCUUGGAAGAGAUGGUGCACACAAAUCCUGUCUGCUUUAAGUUACCUACAUUCCUGUGUGCCGCCAGUUAUCCACGGUAACCUCACCUGUGAUACCAUCUUCAUUCAGCACAAUGGUCUCAUCAAGAUUGGCUCAGUGGCUCCUGAUGCUAUGCACCAUGUGAAGACGUACAGAAAGGAUAUCCGUAACAUGCAUUGUGUGGCUCCGGAGUAUGGAGAAAGCUUCGGGACUGCUAUAGAUAUUUUUUCUUUUGGAAUGUGUGCUCUUGAGAUUGCUGCUCUAGGGAUCCAAGGCAACGGAGGGGAUGGUGGCGGUAACCACAUUAGUGAAGAGGGAGUCAAGAGCACGCUCGAGUCGCUGGAAAAUGGCUUACAAAGGGACUUCAUUUCCAAGUGUAUACAGAAAGAUGCUAGUCUACGCCCAGCAGCCAGAGAGCUCCUGUUCCACGCAGUUCUAUUUGAAGUCCAUUCACUCCAGCUCCUAGCGGCACACACCUUUGUCGGCAGUCUUUCCAUUCUCCCAGAAAACUCAGAUGAGUCGAACAUCAAAAAGUUGGAGCCAAAUCGAGUGAUAGCAGAAAUCCGACACAACGACGAGCGAGAGCCCGUCUAUUAUAAGUUAUCACAGUGCCCUCCACUGGAGAUGGAGAAAUUUCUAGAAGAUGUUCGGAAUGGAAUCUACCCUUUGACUGCCUUCACCCUUAAACCUCCUCGACCCCCACGACCACGUGCCAAAACUCCAGAGGUCACAGAAUCCGAAAAAAUGGAAGACACAGAACGUAUGGAUAUAGAACAAAGACUUGUGAUGAACAUGAAAUGUGAAAUGAAAAGAGUGGAUGAUGGUUCAAACUACCAAUUGACACUUAUACUAAAAAUGGACGAUAAAAUAAAUCGCAAAUUACAAGCUGAAGUAACGUCUGAAGACAACUCACAGAUUCUGGCCCAAGAGCUUGUGCAAUAUGGUUUUAUAAAUGAGAGUGACCGGGAGAAGAUUUCUGAACUGAUAGCCCCUUAUUUCCAGACUAGCAUGCCCCUGACCAACGGCACUGGUUCGGACAGCAUUUUAGCCUCUGCUUGAUUCUACAAGGUGCUGUCUGAUCCCACUCUAAUGCAGAGUGUUUACUUUGUCCACAUGCUUGCUGUGCUCCAGCUCUCAAACCCCCUGAGAUCACCUAGGAUCAAAUUCUGAUAUUAAUGCCCAAUUUGAACACAAAAUAGUGCUGAGAAAGUCCCUGCCACAACCCCCACAUUUACUCUACUGUGUGUCGAGACUUCCCCUCUCCACACAGGUAGCAUCCUUGUUGAGAUACAGGGAACAGUGACUGUGAUAUGUUGGUGCUGUGUGUGAUACAUGAUGAGACAACCCCUGUUAUACAUACAGGCUGUUAUCAUAGGAGCAGUUCAUGUGUUUAAUAGUGCUGAGACAACCCCUGUUAUACAGGCUGUUAUCAUUGGAGCAGUGCAUGUGUUAAAUAGUGCUGAGACAACCCCUGUUAUACAGGUUGUUAUCAUAGGAGCAGUUCAUGUGUUUAAUAGUGCUGAGACAACCCCUGUUGUACAGGCUGUUAUCAUUGGAGCAGUGCAUGUGUUAAAUAGUGCUGAGACAACCCCUGUUAUACAGGCUGUUAUCAUUGGAGCAGUUCAUGUGUUUAAUAGUGCUGAGAAAACCCCUGUUAUACAGGCAGUUAUCAUUGGAGCAGUUCAUGUGUUUAAUAGUGCUGAGAAAACCCCUGUUCAACAGAUGGCAACAUUCAUGUUUUAAGGCAAGAUACAUUGAAGAGACAUGAAUUGUGCUCCAUUGUUUUACCAUUAACAUUGGGAGACAGACCCUCAAAAUGACGGUCCAUAGCAUUCUGUGUUAUAGUUUGAGACCAUCUUGUUGAGGUCAGUGGCAUCCAUUGUUUGUCCUGCUACUGAGUGCCUUCCAUUGACAAGACUUGAUGGGGCAGUAAUAUUUCUUGAUGACCAUGUUGAUAAGUGCUUUGGUUUAGAUUGAUGAACAGUUAUGAUGUAGCCUCUUGCCAAACGACAGCUCUUUAGUGACACUCAGUUUUAAUUUGAACACCCUUAAUUCCAGCAAUACUGGACUCAACAAUCUUAAAGAAGAAAAUUUAGAACCACUCAUUUAUUGUUAUCCACAUAAUGUGGAAAAAAAUGACUGCAUGAAUGCAAAAACAUAUUUGCAACGUCAAAACAUUUUUAUUUUCCACCAAAAAAACCCCCAGUUUCUUCAAACGUAGACAUUUGACAAAUGAAAUGACUGGCUACCGGUAUAUAUAUUGAGGCCAACAAGAAUGAUCUAGAUCUGUUUUCUUUGUUGCGGUGGGAAGCUUCCUCAACAUAUACAUGGUGUAGUGAGAUGGUCAGAAUUCCCUUAUAGUUGGCUGGGAAUGGUUGGGGAGGUGCAGUGCCAUCAAAUCUAUAGUAGUCAAAAAGUUUCAAUUUGGAAAAUGUGUUGGCUUUGUUUGUAUACCUUAUGAAGGAAAAACAAAAAGUCGUUACAAUGAGGAGGAUUGUUGUAAUUGUUAGAAAUAAGUUUGUACAAACCUACCACCAUUGUAUUAUGAAGUGCUUGGUCUGUGAUCUCUGUUGUACAUGUUGUUGAUUGUGAAUAUUCUUCACUUGAAUCGCAAGUUGACUUUUUCAUGUUUCUCAAUCCUGAGUUCAAAUUUCAAAAAGUCAUAAAAAUGGCCAGUAUUAUUUUCAAUCGUAAGGAAUUUCACAAUGAUUACAACAUGACAUAUAGAGUAUUUACAGUGAGACCUGUCUAUUCUGACCCUUUGAUAUUCCAACAUCCUCUUUAAUUCAGCAUGAUGCUGUGACCUCAUUUUGUAUGAAAACUGUGACUAUGUUCUGUGUAUAUAUACAUCCUGCUUGCAUUGAUGACCAAAAUACCAGAUUUCAUUGGUUCAUGGUAGUUGACACCGUUGUAAGGGUCUGGUCGCUUCUUAAUACAGUCCACUCCACUUCCGGUUGCAUUACGAGGCAUUAGAGAAGACAUUAUUUCUCAAUACUAGUGAAAUUUCACAAAACUAGUGAAUUUAAGAGAGUGCUAGAUUAGACAGGUUUCACUAUGAAGCAUGGCUUUAAUUUUAAUGCAUUUUUGUUUUAUUUAUUCCAUAUAUGUUGUAUAAAACUAAAGCCAUUAUUGAACAAAUAAAAUAUACCAGAAGAUAGCUUCUUGUUAUAAGAGGUUAAUUGGAUGUUUAUAAGACCAUGGGUAUUUAUGCUGUAAAUGUCUACCACUUUGGCAAAGUAAUAAUGUUUUUUGUUAACAACCAUGGAUUAUGGGACAAAGACUAGGUAUGUUUUGAUUUAUAAUACACAAUACAUUUGAUUUUUAAUAGUUAUAAAUCUAAUAAAAUAUUGAUUCUUUAUAGUUUUGGCAACAGUACCAGUUUAAUUUGGGUUUGGCUAUUUAUUUUACCAAGAAAUGUCAUGAUAUGUUGGUGUACAUUUAAUAAUUUGUCAAACUUAGGUCUAUUUUUAACAAAAAUCUUCCUUUCUUUCUCAGUUUAUUUUUAAGGAAGAUUGUGUACAUCAGUGUAUGUAGAACCAGAUGUAUAGGUUUUAAAAUAUUUUAACAAACAGAUUAAGAAUGUUGAAUACAAUAUAUUAGAUGUCUUUAUAAGUAUGCCAAGGUUAAAGGUUGUCAAUUAGUGGGGCUGGGCAGUAAAAUACCUCUGGAUUAGGUUGUUAUACACAGAUCUAAACGUGUGAGUAACAAAGCAACAUUUCCAGUUUGAAAUAAGAACACAUGGUAUGUUGAUUUGCAGAAAAGUUGUUUAGGUAGUCCACCAUUUGCAAUGGAAUUGUCAGAAUUUUGUUGCGUUACACUUAGUUACAGUAAUAAAAUACAUCAAUUACAUAUAUAGUGCAUAAAAUCUUUGACGUCAACAACUGGAUGUUAAGUGACCCUUAUUAGAGAACGCUCUCUCACUAGGACUAUAAGGACAUGUAGAUUUACACUGCUUUAAAUCCUAUACACACAACUAUGUGGAGUAUACUUGUGAUCUCAACAAUAUUUCUGUGAUUGUGGUCAUCAGGAUGCAUGCAAAUAUCUUUCAGCUUGGUUUCUUAAAAUGCUUUUAGCCAUUUGUAUAUAAAACAAUGCUAUGUUUUUCAUAAGCACAGGUUGAUUUAUCAAUCAUGUGUCAUUACCAUGUGUCACCAUGGACUUGAUUGUAUCUAUCAAUCAUGUGUCAUUACCAUGUGUCACCAUGGACUUGAUUGUAUCUAUCAAUCAUGUGUCAUUACCAUGUGUCACCAUGGACUUGAUUGUAUCUAUCAAUCAUGUGUCAUUACCAUGUGUCACCAUGGACUUGAUUGUAUCUAUCAAUCAUGUGUCAUUACCAUGUGUCACCAUGGACUUGAUUGUAUUUAUCAAUCAUGUGUCAUUACCAUGUGUCACCAUGGACUUGAUUGUAUCUAUCAAUCAUGUGUCAUUACCAUGUGUCACCAUGGACUUGAUUGUAUCUAUCAAUCAUGUGUCAUUACCAUGUGUCACCAUGGACUUGAUUGUAUCUAUCAAUCAUGUGUCAUUACCAUGUGUCACCAUGGACUUGAUUGUAUCUAUCAAUCAUGUGUCAUUACCAUGUGUCACCAUGGACUUGAUUGUAUCUAUCAAUCAUGUGUCAUUACCAUGUGUCACCAUGGACUUGAUUGUAUCUAUCAAUCAUGUGUCAUUACCAUGUGUCACCAUGGACUUGAUUGUAUUUAUCAAUCAUGUGUCAUUACCAUGUGUCACCAUGGACUUGAUUGUAUCUAUCAAUCAUGUGUCAUUACCAUGUGUCACCAUGGACUUGAUUGUAUUUAUCAAUCAUGUGUCAUUACCAUGUGUCACCAUGGACUUGAUUGUAUCUAUCAAUCAUGUGUCAUUACCAUGUGUCACCAUGGACUUGAUUGUAUUUAUCAAUCAUGUGUCAUUACCAUGUGUCACCAUGGACUUGAUUGUAUCUAUCAAUCAUGUGUCAUUACCAUGUGUCACCAUGGACUUGAUUGUAUUUAUCAAUCAUGUGUCAUUACCAUGUGUCACCAUGGACUUGAUUGUAUUUAUCAAUCAUGUGUCAUUACCAUGCGUCACCAUGGACUUGAUUGUAUCUAUCAAUCAUGUGUCAUUAUCACAUGUCACCAUGGACUUGAUUGUAUCUAUCAAUCAUGUGUCAUUACCAUACGACACCAUGGACUUGAUUGUAUUUAUCAAUCAUGUGUCACCAUGGACUUGAUUGUAUUUAUCAAUCAUGUGUCAUUACCAUGCGUCACCAUGGACUUGAUUGUAUUUAUCAAUCAUGUGUCAUUACCAUGCGUCACCAUGGACUUCUUCACAGAGUCUGUAUCAUUUAUCAUGCGAAUUUAGGAGAGAAUGAAAACUUUGGACUGGGGUACAAGAUCUCUCGUCAAAAAUAUGUAUAAUAUUAGUAUAAUGCAGUGAAUGUGGCCGUGGUGUAUUAGUGACACUCUUAUGUAAGGCAUUACAUGGUUUAAGAUGUCAUUGUUGAAAAUGGAUAUGGUCAUAGAUUUUUGUUAUGGUUCAGGUUUUUGCUAAAUUAUUAUUUGUGAUAAUCAUUACAUUUCAUGUCAGAUCUAUGAAACAUGUCCUAAAGUUUUCAUUUGAUCAAAGCUUAGCCUCCCUAAAAUUGAUAAGAUCUGGGUUUUUUCCUAAAAAUAAAAUAGAAAUUUGAUAAUCUUAUGUUAGGAUUUAUUUCCUGAGGAGGUUCACAUGUUAAAUCAUACAAACCCUUGUGGUCAUCAUUGCAAUAAACGUGUCUGUGUUCAGUGUGAAGACUGUUAAAAACCUGACAACGCAACUGAUCACCUGUUCUGGAGCCUGCUGUAGAAUCAAGUUGUCAAAGGGUAUAACUGUUAUGUUGUUGCAUUUGAAUAAAAAAUACUGUA